CCUCUUUUGUGCUGCAAUAGCUCUCAAUCCCCCCUCCCCUUUGGCUUCUGUAUCUAUAUAAUCUACUCACCUCUCAUUCCCCACUGCUGCCACUGAAAGAAACCUAUGGGCUUGAAGAAUCUCACUACCUUCUCCUUCCUUCUCUUCCUACUCUUGACUUUUGUCCUUGGAGUUUUUUGCAGGCCAGGCUUUCCAGCAGAAGAUACGGUUCCAUCGCGUUUUCAUUACUCCAAUCUACUUCAACCACCCAAGGAGUUGCAUUUAGAGGGACUGAAAAGAGAUGGAUUCUGGAGAUGGAGAAGUUACAAGUCCUCAAAGAGAUUGAUGAUUGGCUCAACAGCUCCAGUUUGCACCUACAAUGAAUGCAGAGGAUGCCGAUUCAAGUGCAAAGCUGAGCAAGUCCCUGUCGAUGCUAACGAUCCUGCCAACAGUGCCUACCACUACAAAUGUGUGUGUCACAGGUGAUGCAAGGUGGAAGAAAUCAGUAAAAGUCAUUCCCUACAUUAUCUUAUAUGUUUUGAAGUCUUAGAAACCCCUAUCUAAAUAUAAUUCAGCUUGUCAGAUAUAGAUGAAUGGAGGAGGAUGCUGGUUUUUUGGUUUUUUUUUAACUCAGUUGCUGCCUAUUUGAAGGAAUCUAAUUCCUUGUUUCAUGUUAGUAUGUCACACUGAGAGCCUACAAUAAGAGCUAGAAAUGAAGUUAAAAAACAGGUUUUACAUGGCAUAA